AUGACUAAAACUGAUGUUCUUGACGAGUUUGAAUGUCAGCUAAAAUGUAUGGGAAAUGGCAGUUGCAAAUCGUUUAAUGUUCAUCACAAAAGCAAUAAUACGAAGCGCAUUUGUGAGCUGAACAACAUAACAUGGCAGAUGAACCCGGAUGAUUUCAAACAGAAGAAAGGAUCCACAUACUUUGGAUCUGUUCAGGUCAGUAAAAAAAUGCAUCUCUGAAGUUUGCUUGUUAACGUGUUGGAUUCUACAGGCGUUAAUGCAAUCAUUGUUAAUUCGUGUCAAUAUUAAAUUUUGGUAACACUAACAUUAAUCACCGUUUAGUUUCCAUUGUUUGAUAUUAACAACCGUUUCAAAAGUCGUAUUUGUUUAAUCCUUAGAGAUCACAGAUUUUGGACGCCUUGCUUUUUUUCCUUCUUAUUUUUUCCUGGUUUUGUGAAUAACCUUGAGCAAGCAAGUUAAAAAGGAAUGCCGGAGUUGCACGAGCGCGAAAAUUUAAAAAUCCAGCAUGCAGAGACCGCUGUAAGCAAGGCUUGCUCUCGACCCUCUUCAUUAGUACAUUUAGCCUCAAUACUUAAGGAAAAGACAAUUGGCAAAAAUGAACUCCGAUUUGGUUCCCUUUUCCUGUUAUCCUUAAAGCAAGGCUUUAGAUAGCAUCGACAAUAGCUUAGAGAACUCGGUGGCACGACGUUCAAUGUUUCCCUUUUGCCGUUUAACGUAAGGGUCAAGUUUAACUUCAAUUUAUACAGAGUAGCUUUGCAGCUGCCAUCAAUUUGUUAUAACAGAGCGCCGUGAAAACAACAGAAGGCAUAAAAAGUAAGACUUACUUCAUAAUUUGUUAAUUGGAUUCUUUGUCGCACACGCAAUUACCUCUUCAAAAAAAAUAUUCUCCUGAUUUACACUUUUAUCUCUCUACAUUUUAUAUACAUUCAUUCACGAAGAAUUGAUUUUUCUUUAUUGAAUGAUUUAAAUUUAAUCCUUGAGCAGUUUUUUCGUUUAAUGCCUUUUGAGAUGUUUCACAUCGUCAUAAUUCAACAGUUUAAAGGAUGAUGUUCCAUUGCAAUCGCUUUUUAUAGAAAUAAAUAGGAAUCAAAAUUACAUUAUUCAAAGAAAAGUCUAUCGCUUGUACGGCCAUCAAAAAACUGGAGGAAACAUUCUUGACGCGUUUUUUGAAACUUGACCCAGGCCACAUGCGUCCAUGUUUUCCGUGAAAACAAUGAACAAAUAAAUGGCGGCAAGUGUCGUCCAGGAUACAAAGGAGAAAGGUGUCAAAUACGUAAGUACUUAUUACAAUAACAAUUAAACGUAUAUUAUGGCUCCAAGCCCUUUUUUCAAAAAUUGUAAAAUGGUCGCCAUUUAAACAUUUCAUGGUCGCGCAACUACUCCUCUCUCACUCCUAAAGAAAAAAUAAAAAAGAAAGAAAACGUCUGGUACCAGAGAAGAUUCACAACAAAGAUGCUGAGACCGGAUUAAUACGAUUUUGGUCGAUUGUGCAGCUGAAAAACAUCUCUCAUAGUUUGCCGUGAGCUAAACUAUUAGUGUUGAAAACCUUCCUUAUUUUAAACAACAUUUUGAAUCGCUUAAGACUUACUUCGUACUGCAAAGUUGAUGGUAAGACUGAGAUGCUGAACGUCAUUUAAAUGAAGGUUAUGUCAUUGAGAUCAGUUUGACUUGAUCAACGCUCAUUUAUGGUUCAUGCGUAUCUGAGAGUAACGGAACGGCGAGGAAGAACAAGAGAAAGACAGGAAAAACGGGCGUUGUUCGAUAAUUCAACCAAAGAUUGAUAAUUUUCUCAAGUCUCCUUUUUUUAUUUUUCUUUUCUUUUCGAUUUGUUGAUUGCCAAUUGGCGACUUUGGUCUAAAGUUUAGUUGUCAAAUAUGACCAGAUAUAUUUUUCACCCGCCAACUUGAAGCGCUGAUAUAGCUAUGAGCAAUUUGAGCUAACCAAACAGCCACACCUUAAAAAUUGUCAAUGAGCCAUGCGUGCAUGCAUGAACCAUUAGUUCAUGCCUAGAUAGUCACUCACUUUUAAGAAUAAAACGUUUGAUCUUGAUAGUGCAGCACACGCUUUAUUUGUGAAACUCAAUGCAUUGUUAACAAACUUUUUUCCAAUAUCCGUUAUAUGCUUCUUGAACCGUCCGCUUUAUGGCGCACCGUGCGAGGAGUUGACAAACUCUGGAUAACAACUCGCAAUUGAAUUCAAUUUCAUUUCACCUGCAGAUGAAAAUUAGGCAAAGAAUUGACCCUCCUAGGUGGACUACACCUUUAGCAAUUACGAAAAAGCAGCCUGAAAAAAUUUCAGGCUUCGAAAGGAUUCGAACAGUCGUGCCAAGAGGGGUUUCACACAAUCUACUUUAGGUAACUAGGCAGAAUACAAUCUCUGCACCAAGCCGAACAUUACAUUUCAAUGUGGAUCAGACUGAUUACGUGGCAAACCUUGGCUCAAAACUUGAAAUUGGGAACAGGGAAAUUAAUGAUAAUACUGUCCAGUCUAUAAGACAUUUCUUUCGCUAGCUGGAUCGCAUUUUUCAGGUGUGGAUUUGCAAUGAUAGAUCUGUUCAAAGUGUUCUGCCGAGAUUUUGUUGCUGUCGUCGAGUUUCGUGUUCUAAUAUAUGUCUUUUUUAAUUCUUAUUUAUCACACCAUUUAUUUAUUUUUUACACGGCUUGUCAACGCGAUCAACAGUAGUUUAGAGUAGCCAAACCCAACUACAAAAGACAAAAAGUUUCUGUCUGCAUUAAAAUUUUCGUGAUGAUUAAGCAAAUGUGGACCCAAACUCCAAAAGAUUGAAUAUAAAAGAAGACUAAGGCGAAAGACGAUGAUGAUGAUCUUAAUGCACACAAUAAUGAUCAGUUGUCUUUCUUAUAACUUAUGCUUAUAAAUAUUUUCGUUCUUAGAAGGCAGGAUUUAUGGGGAUAGGGAUAAUUACAAGUUUACGAAUGUCUUAGUAGGCUGGUAAGAAAAAGCUAAGUUUUUUCGGGAUGGGAAAAAUAAUAGAACCGAGUAUUCUACAGAGAUUCCAAGUUGCAGGUAGCAAAAUCAAUUUUCAAGCUCCCCAUUUAAACCUCAUUAGGUUGCAAUCCUAAUUACAUAAAAUUGAACACUCUCUCUUGUAGCUUCUAAGAGCUGUUUCGAAAUUUACAAGUCUGGCUAUAAAAUGAGUGGAGUGUAUUACAUCGAUCCUGAUGGUUUGGGUGAAUUUAAAGUCUUCUGUGAUCAGACGACGGCUGGGGGAGGAUGUACGGUAUUUCAAAAGAGAUUUGACGGCACUGUAGAUUUCUUCCGCACCUGGGAUGACUACAGACAAGGCUUCGGCAAUCUGAACGGCGAGUUUUUGCUCGGGCUGGACAAGAUUUAUCGCCUGACUGCGAGCAGCAGUAACAAGCUUCGUGUUGACUUGGAAGACGUCCGUGGUGGAAGGCAUUUGCAGAGUACCAGUCAUUUUCUGUGGCCAAUGAGGAAGAGAAAUAUCUACUUAUAUUGGGAAGUUAUUCAGGUGCGAUUGAACUUUCUCACAACGACUAUAUAUUCGAGGACAUCUUAUUCAUAAGUAAGCGCACAGUGUCUCUUGCGAGCUGAGCAUGCGCACAACGAAAUAUAUUAUCAAACAUGUUGCUAGUAUAUUCAGUGGGCUUCACGAAAACCUCACUCUGAACAUGUUAGUGUUAGUUGUUGUGGAGGUGACUGUUCGUUGCAUGACGAUUAAUCCAAGGAUUUUUUUAAGCAGGCUCUGCAGGUGAUUCUCUUGCAUAUCAUCGUGGCUUGCAAUUUUGCACCAAAGAUCGGGAUAAUGACAGAUCCCAACACAACUGUGCCUCAUCCAUAA